UAGCAACGCUCAAACUUACAAGAGCCGUUAAAGAAAUACCCCACCAGCAAGCGUCCUGCAUCGUUAAAUAAAGUUUGCUUGUUGUGGCGGUUUUACGCCAGAAGCAAUGCGAAAACGACAGACAAAGACAGAGGAGUCCUCUUCCAGCAAAGUGUCUCUAUCAGACCGACAGACAGAAGCAGCAUCGCUGGAUGCCACUUCCUCACAGAGCUUAGGAGGUGUGGGGAGAUUCCCCAUAUGGCCUGAGUGGAAUGAUGCUGAAGUCAACAAGGAGAAAUGGGACUCAAAAGAAGGACCCGAAGAUCACAAGACAAAAAGGAGUUCCAAUACUCUAAAUCAGUCAUUUUUUGAAGAUCCGGAGGGAAGAGUUUCUCUGCCUCCAUCUUUGAAAGCGCACACUUGGAAGCGCCCUGCAGAGUUUGUUACUGAAAAGGUUAUCACUGUUGUCAAAAAUCAAAUGACCUUUGACCUGGUUUCUUCCAAUGAUCAUCUGCUUUGCAGUGAGCUAAUGAGAUGGAUCAUCAGUGAGAUGUAUAUUGUGUGGACGCUGUCUAAAUCUACAGAGCAAAGUGGCUGGAGACCUUGGGACCACAUCUACUCGCUGUGUAAGGCGGAGGAAGGUCAUGUGCCACUCUACAACAGCUUUGGGAAAUAUGUGGUCAAACUUUACUGGAUGGGUUGCUGGAGGAAGAUAACAGUAGAUGAUCUGAUGCCAUUCGAUGAAGACAAUAACCUGCUUCUCCCUGCCUCCACCUGUCAGUCAGAGCUGUGGCCAAUGCUGUUGGCUAAAGCUCUGAUUAAGGUGGCCAACACAGAGCUAGUGUCUGAAGUUUGUGAGGAGAUGGACCAGUUCAGCUUUAUUCACACUCUCACCAGCUGGAUCCCAGGGACCAGUACAAUUAGGCCACUCUACUCCGAAAAGAUCUGGGAUUUCUUACAAGGCACCAUUCCAACGUUUACACUCCCGGAUGAGAGUUUGCCAGUGCCGAAGCCUGAGACUGCAUCUCCGGCUGCAGGGAGAGAGUCCACCUCUAAGGACGACAGGAAUCAGCUGCCUGAGACAGGAAAAAGUGGCCCUGAGUUAGUGGUGUGUGCCAGCUUCUACCCUUUCCAACUACGUAACUAUUACGUACGGUUUUGCCUAAUGACUAAUAGCUCAGAAUUGCUACGUCGUCACGGCCUCUGCUCGCUGCGCAGCCAUAUUGUCCUGUUGAGUCAAACUCGGGCUUUCCCGCUGGAGGCGCCACCCAGACCUCCGCCUGUGCCCCGGUGGAAACUCAUCCGUCAGCGCAAGGAGACUGUGGUCACUGCUGAACCACGGGAGAUUCCUUUGUCAAAACCGGAGCAGUUCAUUGAGGUUGCCAGCCCUUUUCUGUCCUACCGUGUCGAGAAGAGCGGUGGCACACUCCCAGAGCUAGAGGCCGAGCACAGCGCCUCAAAGAAGCGUUUCUAUGGAUCCCCUCUGGUGUCCAUUACUGAGGGAGAGGAGACUGAAUGUCAACAGGGCCUUGAGCGUGAUGCAGCUGAACGCACCACCAACUCCCCAAACACCACUGACAAAAUACAGGUUACUGUAGAGGACAAGAAGAAGGACGAUGAUGACAUCUGCAAUGUUAUGCCGCAAACUGCAACUAAAAAGCCUGCAACCGAGGAAUCCUCAGCUGUUGUCAGUCCCAUUCUGCAGAAGACCUGGGUGGACCUGGAUGAUUUUGCUAAAUGCUUUCAGCUACUCUGGGUGUUUCAUAAACCACAGACCUAUCCAUAUCAAAUCCAGAAAUCACAUUUUAAGAGCACCGUCUUGUCUAAAACUGCAGGAGGCAUUUGGGGCUCUGGAUCAUCUACACACUCUCUUUCCACUGGAUCCCCUGCUGUAGCAAGCCCUGAGUGUCCAGAGGUCAGCGAGUGUUACUACCUGUGCGCGGACAGUGUGCAACCUUCACAGAUCCUCAUCAGCUUCACAGCUCUUCUUCUCUGGGGAGAUACAGACAGGAACAAAAAGGACAUGUCAGCAGCACGUAGGUGUGCCGUCCUCGAGGCCCUGCCGUACUGCUGGACAAGUGUGCGUUCUGAGCUGCCACUUCUCACCAUCCAGACCAGUUCCUUCAAAGCAGCUGUGCUUAACUUACCCUCAGGGCGCCAUGUGCUACGUGUCCACAUAAGGGCAGCACUGGGCUACCAUGUCCACAUGUGCAGCAAGACACCGUUCUUCUUUGGGGAUGAGGAAACCGUCAUGUCACACCUGGCAAACAAGGACAGUGCUCGUUUCACUGAGCAGGCGUCGUCCAUCUUUACAGCCCUGUGCAGACUGGUGACUUCUUUUGGUGAUGAGCAGGAGCAAGCAGCGCUUAGAAAAAGCCUAGAUGAGGCUCACUGCCCUAAAAACAUCAGCACCACACUGGAAAAAUGGGAACACUACAAGGUAUUUAACUCAGCAGUUUACCACAUGCUGUGCGAGGCUCUGGGCAGGAAGCUGACAGCGGACGAGCGCUUUGCCGUACAGGCUCUCACUGCAGACCCAUCCGGUGAUGCCACUUACCCCAAAGAAUACUCCCCUGCAUUAGAUGCAGAUGUAGAGCCCCCAGAAAUCUGGAGAGACAGGCAGCCAACAGACAAGGAGGUCAAGGCAGUCACCGUCCUGCAGGCUGGAUUCAAAGGGCACUUGGUGCGAGAGGUCCUUAAUGCCUCAAAACCUGGAACGAAAGAGAAUCUGAGUGCAUCCAAGAUCCUUUUGGACAUGUGGCCGAGCAUUGAAUCAGACGCAGACAAGCAUGCUUCCUUCUUGCUACGGUAUAUCAUUGAAAAUUCCAAGAAAAAAGCAGAGCUCUACCCCUGUCAACAGGAUGAAUCGACCAGAAUCACCUUUGCUGAUUACUCUGUCUCUCUUCAAGACACAGCCAACUCCUGGGUCUUGAUCUUUAGAGAGGUGUUCCUGGUUCCUAAGGAGAUGCUGCUGGUACCAAUGGUCUACUCCCCGAUCCCUGACUGUGUGCUGCACGUCAUAAAUAACGACACAGGAGAGGAGGUGGAUACGAUCGGCAACAAAGUACUACCCCAUCUCUAUCAACCCAAUAAGCUUGGUUUCACUUUUGUAGCAGAGGGUGUCACACCUGAAGUACCACCUGCUGAUGCCACGUGGACAAUGCGCUUGAUUGGCGUGAAGGAACCCUUUCCAAAACUGUCCCGUGAGACUCCACUCAAUGCAUUCUCAGUGAAGGAAUUCCAGGAUUAUUAUGUUCCCAAUGACAAAAAUCUCAUUUGUCGUUACCGUGUGCAGGUGACAUCAGACAUCCUCGGAACAAUUCGGCUUCAAACUUCCAAGCCAGAUGUGUUUAUACGCCUGUCAGUUCUGGACCAGGAGAAGGAAGUGUGCAGCAAAACUGGAAAUGGCGAGGUGAUAAUUCCGGUGUUCUUCUUCCUGGCCAACAAAGACCCCAGUUGCACACAUGGAAAGAAUCAGAAUGGAUCCGACACCCAGGACACUCGGCAGCAAAGAAACGGGGCUGACAGCGCAGUUGGAAAAUCAGGCUCUUCAUCUGACCAGUUUCAGCCUCCCACAGAGACUAUGGUAUCACCAACAACUGUCUGCGUGGGUCAUAAGUACAUGGUGCAGGCAGAGGUGCUUCAUAAGAGCUGGGAUUUGGAUGAAUCUCAGUUGGCCUUUGUUCGUGUGCUCAAAGACUUGGAGAAGAAUGAGAUGAGAGUUUACAAGCCUGAGGAUGCAAAGCUUUCAUCCACCGGUAACACACCAAGCAGUGAUGGUCACAAAUCCGACACGCCCAAAACCAAGCGCAAAAGCGGAGGUGACAAGAAGAAGACGAAGCCAGCUGCCAUCUCCAAAUCUGGCUCCAGGCAAGAAAUGAGCCUUGACCCAACCAAAGCAAACUGGACCCUGCGUGUUGUCACUGACGAGAGCAAAAGCGAGGGCAUCGAGGUGACAAAAGACACGGAGACUAUCGACCAGAUAAUAGCUAUCAAAAAGUCCUGGGAAACGGCUGAGCCAGGACGCGCUGCCAAGGCUUUAGAGUGUCGUCUCAAGUUUCUCAACCGAGUCCAGCAUAAAGCAAGCGAUGAAGCUGCUACAGAUGAAAGCAAAGAACCGGCUGCAGAUCCAGAUAUGUCUCUCAGUCCAUCCGAUCAGAAACUGAGUGACACCAGCAGCUCUUGUCCUCACAUGGACCUCAGUCACCUCAUCAGACGCACAAAGGAUGUGCCAGUACUGAUGGACUCGCAGAUGGAAGAGGUCGAGCACAGGGAGCUCUUAGAAAAUAUCCAGGCCUGGAAGCUGGAGCGAGACAGUGUGGUAGAGCAACAGAAACAGGAUGCAUUGAAGAGGAAGGAGCUCAUAAGAAUUCAGAAGGAGAUGUAUGAGAGCAUUAAGAACCGGGAUCAGAAACUUCUCGAUUCUUUCGAAGCAUUUCGUGUCAGUUACAUGGCCGCCCUGAAAAAGGAAGAGAAGAAAAGAGAAGAGAAACAAGCUCAUGAGGAGGCCGGACCAGCAGAUUCCUAGGAUUUAAUGUAUGUUGAAGCUGAAGAUCAGUCGGUGGUGGGUUACAAUGUUUAGUUUAAAAAAGCACUUAGCUGAAUGUUUAGUUUAGUGCUUAGAAUGGAUUGUGAUUUUAUGAUAUGCAUUGUGGACAAUUAAUAUGAACAUUUCUACACCUUCAUUGUUCUCCAGUUUCUUUAAUGUUCUUCCUGUGGUGUCAGUCUAACAUGUAUUUGCCAUUCCUCACAAUCAGCUGAUCAGAGAAGCUGAAUUGAAAAUGAAAAGGAAGAGGGUGCCAUCUAGCGGCCAUGGACAUUAAUACAUUUUAUCACUUUGCUGUUUCAAGGUUGACAAUAAAGUUACAUUUUGUGCCACUGAA